GCGCGCAGUCAUGCGCAGAGAAUUCGGCGCGCGAAGCUCCAGCAGGAAGUGGGAGCAGCUGAACGCAAAGGGCGGCCAGUUUGGGAUUUGAACCUCUCACACAACUUCUAUAAUCUGUUAACAUCUGCUUUACUAUGGCAGACACGAAGGACCAGGAAGACCAUGAAACCCCUGGAGACGGAGCCGAGGACACUAAUCAUGAUCCCCACUUUGAGCCCAUUGUGUCUCUUCCUGAGCAGGAUGUUAAAACAUUAGAAGAGGACGAAGAGGUGCUCUUUAAAAUGCGAGCCAAACUGUAUCGCUUUGCCUCUGAGAACGACCCUCCAGAGUGGAAAGAGAGGGGGACGGGGGACGUGAAGCUGCUGAAACACAAAGAGAAGGGCACGAUCCGCCUCCUGAUGAGGAGAGACCGAACUUUGAAGAUCUGUGCCAAUCAUCAGAUCAGCCCGCUGAUGGAGCUGAAGCCCAACUCCGGCAGCGACAGAGCAUGGGUGUGGAACACACUAGCAGACUACGCUGACGAAUGUCCCAAACCAGAACUCCUGGCGAUCCGCUUCUUAAACGCAGAAAACGCUCAGAAGUUCAAGGUGAAGUUUGACGAAUGCAAAGAGGAAGUUAAAAAGCAAGUAGAGGGAUCAGGCAACACUGACAGUGCAAACAAGGUGGCAGAGAAGCUGGAGGAGCUUUCAGUAAAAGAUAAGGCAUCUGAGGGAAAGAAGGAAGAGGACAAAAAGGAAACUGAGAAAAAGGAGGUGAAAGCUGAGAAGAAUUAAGAACCAAGAACUUGCUUUGCUGAUCUUCAGUUUUUUUUUGUUUUGUUUUGUUUUUUUCAGUUUUCCUCUUUUUCUACAAUAGACUCUAUGAACUGAA